UUCAUUACGUUACUUGAUAACUAUCUGUUAUCUAUCAAUGUCAUAUUGAAGAGAACGUAUUUCUUGUUUUGUCAUAAGUGCUUUAUAUCUGUUUGCUACAAUAUGAAUAAUUCUAGUUCUGGUGAUCAAAACAAAACUGAAAAUACAAAACCUAAUGAGUGUGUUGUUGAAAGUGAAAAUGGAGCGAUUAGAGGUUACGUGGACACUUCGGAUGAAGGGACAUUUUACAAAUUUAAGAGAGUCCCGUAUGCGGAACCACCUUUAGGUCAUUUGAGAUUUAUGCCACCAACACCUAUUUCAAAUUGGACAGGAGAAAUCGACUGCACACAGGACACGCCAAUGCCAAUAUCACUAAACAAAACACAGCUCGGCUCGGAAGAUUGUCUUUACAUCGAAAUUUCGAGCCCAGAUAUAAAGCCUAGCCAGCCCUUACCAGUCAUGUUCUGGAUCGGAUGUGUCAAUUAUUCAUAUUGUUUUGACGAGAUUUACGACCCGACAGCUUUGAACAACAGUGGCGUAAUAUUUGUGAGAUGUGGCUUCCGCAUAGGACCUUUUGGGUUCCUCUCUAUGGACGAUUUAGCAGCACCUGGUAAUUGCGGUCUUAAAGACAUCGUAAUGGCACUGAAAUGGGUACAAAAGAAUAUAAAACACUUCGGGGGUGAUUCAACGAAUAUCACGCUAUUUGGAAGCAAUAGUGGGGGGAGCCUCGCCCAUUUGUUGAUUUUCUCGCCGAGUGCAUCCGGAUUAUUUCACAAAGCUAUCAUACAGAGUGCAUGCGCAAUGAACAAUUGGUCAAUAACAUUAAAUCCACUCAAAACUGCAAUAGAAUUAGCUCAACAGGUCGGAAUUAAAAAAACUCACAAACAUGAAAUUAUCGAAGAGUUGAAAAGUUUACCAACACAAACUAUUAUGGAUGGUUUUUAUGAAUUGUGCCUCAAAACACACGACACUGAUUGCGUCGAAGGCAUUUUCAAACCAUGUAUUGAAUCAGAAUUUGAAGGGCAACAAGCAUUCCUUACAAAAUCUCCAAACAAUUUACUAAAAUCUGGGGUAUUUAAUAAAGUCCCUAUGAUUAUUGGAAGUAACAACAUAGAAGGAACAAUGCUAGCCCAUUUAACGAGCGACAUUUAUAAAACCUUGAAAGCCGUUAAUUUUAAUGUAAAUAGUCUUAAACCUUUUAGUGAAGAAUCUAAGUCAAUCCGAACCUUAAGUAGACAGAAACUUUUACGAUUUCUUUUGGGAGAACAUGAACCUUCGACAGAGGCGAAUCGCCAUCAAUAUAUGCAGAUGGUCAGUGAUUAUUAUUACCUGUAUCACAUAAAUAAGUCCGUGAGACUACAUAGUGAGUACGCACAAGACAGUCCUAUAUUUUAUUACAUAUUCAACUGCUACGUAGAGUACACGGGCAUAAAGGACACUAACUUUCUCACUGGAUAUAGUGCAGAAUUGAGGUUUUUAUUCCCAACGAAAUAUCAAGGUGCUUCCAAAAUUACUGGAGAUUGUCUCACAUCCAAAAGAAUGGUUAAAAUGUGGACCAAUUUUGCGAAAUAUGGACACCCUACUCCAGAGGAAGACCCCCUGUUCCAAGUUACAUGGAGCCCCGUCGAAAACAACAACCGGUUAAACUAUCUCAAUAUUGGGUAUGAUUUAACAGUGGGCAGGAAUCCUUUUCACGACAGAAUGAAAUUUUGGGACGAAGUCCAUAGCAAUAGUGAAAUGCUGAAAUGUAUUAUCUAUUUUAAUGAGAUGGGUAUUUUGUGGUAAGGAAAUUAUGAGAAUAAAUUGACACAUCAUUAUCAACUCUGGGAUCGUAGUCAGAGAAUAAUGGUAUUGAGACUCAUUACAAAAAUACAUUAAUUUAUUUACUUUUAAAAAUACGUAGAUAAUAUAAUUUAAUAUAAUCUCGUAAUUCGUAGACUUGGGGGUGCUGAAAGGAAGCAAAUGUACAAAUUUCCCCUGAUUAAGGCUUAUUGAGAUGUGAACAUCUCUGUCGUAGAUGUUUAUGCAAAAAAUGCUUUUGUUGAUUGUUGAUCUGUUAAUUCGCAGCAAAUAAAAGCACGGUACUAUUUUAACGUGAUAAAAAUCAAAGGAGACCUAUCAUUACAUUAUAAGCGUUGUAUUUGAUUUUCUGAUAUAUAUUACUUGUUAUAAAAAAAUAUUGAUUAAACUUAGGUUUUUUUUAAAUGAUUUUUCAUUUUUGUGUAUAUUUGACUAUCUUAGAACUAUAGACGCCCAUUUUUUAUUCAACGGUAUAUGAAGAGGUGAGUCAAACCGCACACUAGCGCCACCAUUACAAUUUUAACAUUUUAUUUUAACUAAUAGCGAAAACUAAAAGCAUAUCACAGGUGAUUAUGAUUAUGCUUCACUAAAUAAAUGAUUUUAUUAAUAAGUAUUACUUAUAGUUUUUCAUUGGACACCAAUAUCCUUGUUGUAAAUUGUGACUAUUUGUACAAUGAAAAACAAUAAUAGUACCUAUUUAUAGUUUAUACUAUCUCUUUAGGUAUAUAGUCUAGCCUAAUCUCCGAUGGUAUUUUUUUAAUUCUCGUGGUAAAUUAAAAGAAAUUGAUAAAAAGUGAUGGAAAGGCUAGUGAGCAGAGAGCAACCUCUUAAUAGAGCGAAACAUGUUAAUUUAUUUGCCACAUCUUCUACAAAUAAAUCGUAUUCAAUUUGUCGAGGUGCUAAAGCAUUUCAUACUAAAUUUGUCACUGUGAACAUAAACCGUAAGGCACAAUAUCGCUUGCGAUAUAAACACCGAACAGGCAAUGUCAAUAAGUCUCUAAAAAUAUGUAGUAAGAUAUUUACCAAGCCUUUUUUAAAAUUAGUACUUAUAAACAUAUGACUGGCACAAAUCAAAAAUAUAAAUAAAUAUAAUUUAAAACUCUUACCGUUAGUUAGGAUUUCGUCUAAAUUAAAACCGACAAUGCCAUAGAAACAAAUAAUAUGUAUUUACAAUUUUUAAUAAUUAUACGGUCAUUAAAUAAGAGCGUUCAAUUUUAGAUGUGACCAUCCCAAUGCAGAUCAUAAAAUAAUUUUCCAAGACAAAAAAAAAACAAAUAAA